AUGGAAUUCUCACAUCAAAGAAAUUACUCGUAUAAGGGAAACAGGAGACUGUGUCAUCUAAGGCAGUGCAGGAAGGCUCACCUUCCUACUGAAGUAGGAAUGGCAACUUACUGCACCAAAAUUCGUCCACUGCUUGAAUAUGCCGCACCGGUUUGGGGUGGCUUACCUCACUAUUUAGUGAACGACCUUGAGCGUAUUCAAAGGAGAAGCUUACGUAUUAUUGGUUUACCGGUCGAUACACUUCCCCCGCCUAGUGAGAGAAGAGAUAAGCUAACUCUUCGAGAAAUGGAGGCAAUUACUCAGGACGUAAACCAUCCCUGUCACCACCUUAAUUGUCCCUAUCGCACAGAAGCAUGA